CAAAAAAAGCGGAAGGUGAAGUAACCACAGAGCAGAAAGGAAGACUAAUUUAAAAGUCUUAAAGUGUGACACGGAGGAAGACGAGGAGGAGGAGGCUCGCAUUCACACGGCCAGUUUGUCGCAACCGAGCGUCAAGGCAGGAAACACAGAUGACACAUUCAACGUCUGUCUGCAUCACUGACACCACAGACAGAACGACGGAGAGGAAGGAGGAGGUGAACCACGGCUGGAGGAGCACUGGAUUAACACAACAAGGACCCAAGACGAGAAAGAAGGAUGUCAGACCAAAGGAGGUGAAAAGAGAUAAUAGAGAAGCUUAGGAGAACAGGAAAAACAAAAAGAGUCAAAAGCAGCACAGAGGAAAAAGAAAGGAGGUGAAGCAAAAGCACAGAGGAGGUGGAGCAGGCGAGAAGGAAGGAGUAAAAAAGAGAAGAGUGGACAACAGAGCGAGAGGACACAGGACACAGGACUGAGACUUUAAGUAAAGAGGAAGCACAAAGUCAGAGAGGAGGGAGGGGGAGGGGGUGAGGAGCUGAAGGAGAGAAGACGAGGAGGCAAAGGAGCAGGAAGACAUCGAGAAAAGUGGAGCACAAAGAGGAGCGGAGGACGAAGAGGUGAGGAAAGGAGGAGGAGGAGGCCCCGCAGUGUCAUCAUGGAGGAAGACAUCAGGAAACAGGGGAUGCUCUACCUGCAGCAGCAGAGGUUUGGAAAGAAGUGGAAGCGAGUGUGGUGUGUCCUGUACAGAGAAAGCUCCUGUUCCAUCUCCAGGCUGGAGUUCUUCGAGUGUAAAGAUGGAGGAAGUGUGGAGAAGUUCGACAAAAGUCUGCGCAAGCAGCUCGAACAUAAGAAGGUGAUCCGUCUGGCCGACUGCAUCCGCGUGACGGAGGUGGAGAUGGACGGUUGUCCCAGGGACACCGGACCCUUCCUGAUCGAGACCACGGAGAAGAUCUACGUGUUCGCGGCAGACAGACAACAGCUGGACGACUGGACACACAAACUGUGUGAGAUCGCUUUCCCUAUGAGCUGGACGGAGCCCAGCGCGAAGAGAGGCAGCCUGCAGAGAGGAAACAAGGUGGAUGAAGACGAAGGGAUGGAGGACAACUCGCUGUACGGCGGCAGAGAGACAGUGCGUGACUUCAGGGUGUGUGUUCGGAGGACGGAGGCGUCCGAUCGCUGCAGGCUGAAAGGAGACGGCGUCUUGAGAGCAGACGUAGACGCUCUCCACCUGAUCGAUAAGGCUGGAGACAUAGUGUUCACCUGGCCAUACAGAUACCUGCGCCGCUUUGGACGAGACAAGUCCACGUUCUCCUUCGAGGCCGGGCGGAGGUGCGACUCCGGCGAGGGAAGUUUUGAGUUUGACACCAAACAAGGGAACUUCCUGUUUCAGGCUGUGGAAGCUGCCAUCAGCCUGCAUCGGGUCGCCCUCCCUCACAGACAGACCUCUGGGGGGAGCCAGGUGAGUCCAGAGACGUCCCAGGACCUGAACCUGCCGCCGCUGCCCCACAACCCACCGCUGAUCCAGAACAGGAUGCCUCCACUGCCUCAGCCAAGGAACCAGGUCCCACAACCCCCUGCUGCUCAGGCAGCUGACGGCGUCUACAGCAUGGUGACUGAUGCUGCAAAUCUUCAGAAGAUUCAUCACAAGGACAAGGAGAGCUCCACCGCUUCCCAACAUCAGCAUCAUCGCCCCCUGCUGUCUCGUCUGGAGCCUCCCGUCGACAAAACGCUGACUGCAGUGAAGAGUUUGACUCUGGAUCCUUGUGGCGUCCCCCGUAAGAACCAGGUCAAGAUGAUCUCCAGCUGCCCUCUGCCUCACGCCGGCCCUGAGCCAGGCCCCCAUGUGGCCUCUGGUCCCAGCUCCACCGCCAAACUGAGCUCCAGCCCCAGUCCGGAUCAGACGUACUCCCAGAUCACCUUGCCGACCGCCGCAGAUCGAGGCACCAAGAGGGAGAAGAGGGGUGGCAGCAUGGCCCCCCCUCUCCUCCACCAGGAGCCAGAGUACUCCCUCCCCUUCGACACCAUCGCUUCCAAAGUCAUGGCCAACAUCCUGAGCUCCCAUGAGGCUCAAAGCACUGAGUCUGGUGCUGACCCGCUGUACGACAGCAUCGACGAGAUGAAGAUCAGAAACAUCUUUUUGAGCAAAGCCGACGAGGUCGGGCCAACAUACAGGAAGGUGGAGCACAUCUACGACGAGCCUGAAGGCUGCGCGGCUGCCGCCACCGCCGCCGCACAGACACCUCCCACCUCCGUGUACGACGACCCUGAGGAGAUGAGAGGAGACGCCUGGAGGAUUAUGGGUACAGCUGCUGACCCCAAAGGUCAUGAGUAUCCAUACAACCCCCGGGUGGACGACUACGCUGUGCCCAAACGAACCCAGAGGGCGUUUCCUGUUGCACAAAACACCAGCAGAGAAGAAGACGGAGAAGAGGAGCCGCAGGAGGAGGAGGAGGAGGAGGAGGAGGAGGAGCAGACGGAGAAGCAGCAGGACUCACCUUACAACAACGUGAUGGUGAAGAUGAUGUAGACGAGGCAGGAAGCAUCAACAUGAUCAAUGAGUCCGAUGCUGAAACAGUAAUCACAGAUCAAAGUUUGCACACUGAAACUCGUCUGCUCGGCUUGCUGACUUGUUCUUAAAGCUAAAGCUCUGAAAACAAGAGCUGCUACCAUCAGUUAUGCUCAUCAUCAGUUAAUCAAUUAGUCUGCGGGAUGUGAAAGAAAUCACAAUCGAAUCAAAUAUUUAUUUUCUCUUUCACAACAUCCGCGUUUGUUUCGUUUGUCUCCUGACUGUCUUACUCAAAUACUUUAUGAGCACCAAGUAAACGUUCACACACGACCGAGCGUCUUUAAAUGCACCACAGGGACAGUUUGGGGUUUUAUUUAUAUGUUUAUGACAUAUGAUGAUGUUUGAUUUGGUGAUAUUUCAUGCAUCUGGCCUCAGAACUGUUCCAGCAGAGGGCAGCACAGCUCACAACAUCUGUGUAUUAUUAAUAAGGAGAUCAGCAAAAUCAUCUGACUUUUAACUGUGAUCAUCAUCUUCAUCUUCGUCUUCAUCAGAAGGAGCUUGUCAUCUCUUCUUGUUCUUCAUUUCUUUGGUUUGUCUGAGGCUCAAACUUUAAUGUUUGAGAAUAAUUUGAGAACUAAAUUAAAUGUUCUUCAACUCAAACGUGGCACAUGUUUAUCCACUGAGCGUGAGCACGUUUUCUGAACGAACAGCCCCUGAAUCUGAAAUACAUGUGGGUUGGAUAUUAAGAGGAGAGCUCUGAUUGGCUGAUGAGGCCUGCUGUUUCCAUGUUGAAUGGUAUUAAAUGAGCUUUUCUCUCA